AGAUUUCUGCAAACAUGGACUCGAAGCCACUCACCUAUCUAUCCAUGCAGUGCAUUAUCAAACACUUGGAGGCGAAUAAAAGAUUCCGACUGGCCGCACAAUGCCCAUCUCUUGUAAAGAUCGAAAAAUCGCAACCUCUGAUUAUCAAGAAGCUGGAAUUCAAUCGUAGUACAAUCUCUGUCAAUGGAGUGAAAUACAAACUUGGUGCUAGGAACAAUUUCGAAGCCCCACACACUCUGACGAGAGCGCAACUCAAUGGACGACAUCCGCAGAUCCAUGUUAAAUGGUUGAAUCUUCCAGAUGAAGACUGUGUACCUGAGCUGCCGGAAUCCUUCAAGAAGUUCAUGGUUCAAUAUGUACGGAAUUGGUCGUCGCUUACCGAUCGAUUAAUCGAUCCAAAGAGCACGCCAUUGCUCAUUUAUCUCUCUGGAGGUCACAAUUUGGAUUUGCUGGAUGUGAUUAAUCGACACGAAAUCUUGAGAACUUGCGAUGGAUUGAUGCUUUAUAUUGUUCCUCGUGAGCUCUUCCAUGACAUCGGAGCACUACCCAACUCUUUGAUCGAAUUUACUAUUGAAGGUGUUGAAGUUUUCGAUUUCCUCAUUUUGAUUGACGCUUUGCUCCACCCAGACCGUGAAAUUGAAACAGAGCGUAUCUUCAUCACUGAAGAUGCCGAUUUGGUCGCGAAUUUAUUCAAAGCAUUCACUUUACUGGCAGAAGGAAACGAUCUUGCGAUGUUUCAAUAUGAAUUGUGUGGAAUAUUUGGAGAUGAGUGCGAUGAAUUCCCACAAAUUUUCAUUCUGGAUCAACGAUACGGUCACUAUACGGAUACGAGUCAAAACUACAUUGUGUGCCGGAAUCCGAAAUGGACGGAAGAUCGGGGCCGACCUGCUGGCAGCGCAUUAGAUCGGGAAAGCUCAAUGGAUGUACUUCGGUUCCAGCCGAUCUCUGUGCUGGUUUGGCUACAAAACCGAUCGACCUUCCGACAACUCUCGACUCUCCACGUCCACCAUCUGUGCAAAUUCUCAGUUGUACCAUGAUUUUUGCUUAUUUUAUUAAAUGAAUAAUAUACCUUU